AUGUGCUACGGCGUAGACGGAAUCCCCGUGAGCUGCCGCUGCUGUGGAUAUGGUGUCGCGACUUGCAGGUCUUUUGCGUUUGACGCUGGCAGGUUGCAGACAGACACACUGGCAUUGGCAGAGUCUGUGUUAUACAUCUAUCUGAUCAUUUGUCUGUCUGUUCAAUCUGUCGUGGCUGCAGCAGUCAGUGGGCUGCGUCUUUGGCAGGAAUUCUGGGAGGAUUUCCUCCAGUAUUCUGAGCAACCAAAGUCCGUGUUUUUUCUCGCCAUUUACAGACACGCCUCCCGGCCCCCUUUUUCCGCCAGAGUUUAUCUGCCGGUCCCGAAGCCUGAGCCUCCUUCCUCUCACAAGAGUGAUGAUGGAAUCGCAAUGGACACAAAAGCCGGCCGCCAUGGCAUCAAGUUUCUGCAAAUAACCCUGCUUCCACCGGUCUGGCGAGAUUUGAAGGUCUUGGUUUCUGGCCUAGCUCCGCCCAUCGGGAACCACUUUGGAGCAAUCCAUCUCCCUCUUUGCACUAACACGCAGCUUCCCGUCAGUCAAACACCUCAGUUGACAACAGUCAGCGAGAACCUUACAUCUGACGAACAUGCACAUGCGCAGUCAAACAUGAAUCGCCAGACUCUCGCCCCUACGAAAUCCCCCAAGCACAGAGGCGAGCACAGAGGCAUUCCUCGUCCAAUUCUCAAUGCGCUAGGCCAGCCGAUGCGAAACCUUCCACUUAUUGUGUGGUCUCUGGACCAUUCUCGACACGAGCGCUCACAAUUUUACAUCAUCGACAACAAGCAAAACAAACAACAACACGCAGCAGUCAUGAAUGAUCAUCCGCCUCGCCUCGUCUCGCCUCCCCGUGCCUCCACAGAUCAUGUCUGUACCUUACAUAAGUUGCUGCACUUGACCCUGCGCAGUAAGGUCAGGCCUCCCAAAAUGGAGAUGGAUGGACAUGGGAAUGUCCGACGGAUUCUCCCACUCUACAGUUAUCCCGCACAAGGCCCUGCCAAGGUCAGACGCGAGAACCAGCCCCAGUAUCCACUGACCGAGACUCUGAGACUUUGCACCGCGGAUGCUGGAAAGCCUGAACCACCACGACCACCUCGCAGAUAUGAGGCUCCAGCCGAGACUUCCUUUCUCUUGCAAAAGUGUCACAACUCAAGGACUCCCAAUCCACAAUUGGCCCUCCUUUCGCCACCAAUCAACUCCCACCGUCUCGAGCCAGGCUUCUUCUGGCAAUCAAUCUGCGUCCGUAUUGGUACCGAUGGGUGCCGCCAACAACCCGCUGCCCAAAAGCUCCUGCUCGAAUCAUCGAGGCCUUGCUCAGCUGGCAUCGAAUCCCCAUCGUACAUUGCCCAGCACGCCACUACUGGCUGCCGCGAACAAGAAAGAAAAAAAACCGCAGGCUAUGUCGGCCAUCCAUCCACAAAUUGUUUCAUCUCCCUGAGCGGCACAAUUUGCUCGGCCAUCCGAAUGAUUGUGGGCACGGCCAUGGCCUGGACUCGACAAAAAUUAUAUCAAAUCAUGCCUGGCUCGCGAGUCGCCCAGGCCUUCACUUCAGGCUUUGCACGGCGGCCUCGAUCAGGACUGCAACCCACAGACAAGAAGUUGGCACAGAAUGCGGACAUACGGGGGCUUGCUGUGGUCCAUCUGCAAUCAUCGGCUCUUACGGUGAUGGAUGAGACGGAGUCGAUACCCGGAACCAACCACGGCGAUGUGACCCUCAUCUUUCAUGGGCCCUCACCACCAUCAACGGCGAUGGCACGACAUUUCACAGUCGUGCCCUUCCAAGAAUACGCCAACACUGUUCUACGAAACCAGCGAGCCCGAACUUGCAAAUGGCGGCUGAGCGCUGACGACUAUUUGCCUCCCACUGGUCCAUUCUCGGCUGGGUUGUUCAGCGGCCCGCGACAGCACACUCAGCCGCGACUGGUCGGAACUGAAGCUGCCUCCAAGGUUAUGUUCUGCCACGAUGCCGCACCGAGACAAUGA